AGACGAGACCUAAAGCCAUGAAAACUCCAGUAGGACGAAGGUGAUUACAACUGCAGAAAUUAUUUGAUUUGUGAACAAAAUUUCUUGCAUCUAUUUAUGGAGCCAUGGAAAAUUGCACUUGAUUUUUCUUUGUGAUUAUAUUUGUCUCGCUGUCCAGUCAGCUUUGCAUAACGUGACAGCAUUGACAGCAUUCAUCAGACUGCCGUCUCCUGCCACGCGCCCCCCGGCCCCUACCACGCGGCCGCGCACGCCGAGGCCAUGCGCCCCGGUGCCGCCCCAGGCCGCGGUCUCCACUCCGCCGGCUUCCGCCACCUCCUCCGGCGGCUCCCGGGCGGUGGUGGCCCCGGAGAACCUGCGGAAGCGGCGGAGGGUUGAUUACCGGCCGUGGUCGCCGGACCCGCGCGAGCGCGCCAUGAUGGGGAGCUGUUCGAGCCCUCUCGAGUCCGUUUCGACCCCGGAUUUGCCGCGGGGCUUGCGGGGGCUCAAUAACUUGGGGAACACCUCCUUUAUGAAUUCGGUGUUGCAGGCAUUGUUGCACACUCCUCCUUUGAGUAGCUACUUCUUGAGUGACAGGCACAAUAGGUACUUUUGUCAGAAGAAGAAUGGGGUUAGUGGAAAUGUGAGUGAGAGGAAUGUAGAUGGUGCUCUUGAUGGAGGCCAUGGGAGCAAGAAUGGCAGCUUCUGUUUGGCCUGUGACAUGGACGCCAUGUUCUCGGCGGUGUUUUCAGGGGAGCGGAUGCCUUAUAGUCCCGCGAAGUUCCUGUACAAUUGGUGGCAACAUGCGGCUAACUUGGCAAGUUAUGAGGAGCAGGACACUCAUGAGUUUUUCAUUUCCAUGCUUGAUGGGAUCCAUGAGAAAGUGGAUAAGGAUCGACACCGGCUGCAGAGCCAAGGGAGUGGAGAUUGCUGUAUUGCUCACAGAGUAUUCUCUGGCAUCUUACGCUCUGAUGUCAUGUGUAUGGCUUGUGGUUUCACAUCUACAACAUGUGACCCUUGCUUGGAUAUUUCUUUGGAUCUGGAACAAAACCAACGUGGUUCUGCGAAGGCAACAUCAGCUAAGUCACAUCACUCCUGCAAUGGUGAGGCAGAGUGCAUGAAUUCAAGCCAGAACUCUGGGAUACCGACCUUGAUGGGCUGCUUGGACCGAUUCACAAGACCUGAGAGGCUCGGUUCAGACCAGAAGUUAUUCUGCCAACAGUGUCAGGUGAGGCAGGAGUCUCUCAAGCAGAUGUCCAUAAGGAAGCUCCCACUGGUUUCUUGCUUUCACAUCAAAAUAUUUUGACUUUCUUCCAUACGGAAGAUGUCGAGGAAGAUCGACUGAUAUCUGCAUUUUCCAUUUUCACUGGACAUGGCCCCUUACCUCUCUUCUUCCAUUUUGAAGAGAAGAUUUGGGAACAGGAUUUUCCCUUUUCAUGGGGACGAACCUGAUGCAUCAAAUGAGUUCUCCUCAGAAUUUGAGCUGUUCGCUGUUGUCACUCAAGAUAGCCAUGACUGGCAUGUGCAGAUGCAACAACUUUCCUAGUCUCGUAUUCAAAUUUUGAUUUGCUUGAAACAGAGGAAACAGAGCUCAGGUAUUACCCAGCUGUUUAUGGCACCGAAAUGAAGUGGGAGGAGCUGUACAUAUGAUCGUUAAUUUCGGGGACAGCUUCAUUGGUACUACAUUAGAACCGAGGACUGCCAACUAUAACUGUAAUCUUGACAUUGGAAUAACUCAUUGGCAAUAUUAGAAGUGCAAAUUGACUUGGAA